AUGGCGGGAGGACGGGGAGGCGCCGGGCGCGGCGAAUCCUCGCCGGCGAUCAAGCCAAUCAGUAAGGCGGUGGUGCACCGCAUCUGCUCUGGCCAGGUCAUCUUCGACCUUUCCUCCGCCGUCAAGGAGCUCGUCGAGAACAGCCUCGACGCGGGCGCCACCUCCGUCGAGGUCAGCCUCAAGGCCUACGGCGAGGAGUGGUUCAAGGUGGCCGACAACGGAUGCGGCAUAUCUCCCUCCAACUUCCAGGCUCUUGCUCUUAAGCACCACACGUCGAAGAUAUCGGAUUUCUCCGACCUCGGAUCCGUGGUUACCUUCGGGUUCCGGGGCGAAGCUCUGAGUUCGCUCUGCGCGCUGGGGAAACUGACGGUUGAGACGAGGAGCAAGGAUGAGCCCGUUGGGACGCAUUUGGAGUUUGAGCACUCGGGCGUGGUGGUUAGUGAGAGGAAGACCGCACGGCAGGUUGGAACCACGGUGACAGUAGAGAAAUUGUUCUCCACCUUGCCAGUCCGGAGCAAGGAGUUUAGCAGGAACGUUCGGAAGGAGUAUGGGAAAGUGAUCUCUCUGCUGAACGCUUAUGCCUUGAUUGCCAAAGGGGUCAGAUUACUCUGCACUAAUACCGUUGGGAAAAAUUCUAAAAUGGUUGUGCUUAGAACUCAAGGAAGCAAUUCUAUGAAAGACAAUAUCAUUACUGUAUUUGGUCCAAAUACUUUCAAAUGUCUGGAGCCCUUCAGUGUUACCACCUCGGAUGGCUGCCAAAUAGAGGGCUUUCUUUCAAAACCUGGACCUGGUACUGGCCGCAGUUCAGGAGAUAGACAAUUUUUUUAUGUGAAUGGCAGACCUAUUGAUAUGCCAAAGGUCACAAAACUUGUCAACGAGCUAUACAAAAGUUCAAAUGCCAAGCAAUAUCCUGUGGUUAUCCUGGAUUUCCGUAUUCCAACUACAUCCUAUGAUGUGAAUGUUGCACCUGAUAAGAGAAAAGUUUUCUUCUCGUCCGAGAUCAUGAUUCUGCAGUCUUUACGUGAAGCUGUUGAAAAUCUGUACUCCCCUCUGCAAUGCAGUUUCUCAGUCAAUCACAUCACAGAUCCUGAAAAGGAAGGGGAUGCUGUUACUGAUGGGCAUAAUGAAGAUACAAAUGCUAUCACAAUGGCGAAUGUCUCAGCUUCCGACAAUAUUGAUGAAGAUGAAGAAACAGACAGUGAGGAUCAUGUUUCCCCAGAGAACCAGGAAUUGCCUUCUUCAGUGGCAAAGGUAGCCAUUGAAGCAACGUCUAGAGAUGCAAGCCCCUUGUCAAGAGGCACAGCCACUCAGGCUGAUAGAUCUGCUUGGCUUCCAUCCUUCGCAUAUGACCAGCCAAAAAGAUCGCCUAAAGAAGGAAAAAGUUUUGCAUUGGGAACAAAUCGUUUCGGAACUGGGCUUGCUGCAAAAUCUACUUAUUCAAGUACCAUUCAGUCUUCUCUUAUGAACUUUGUAUCACUAAACAAGCGGAAGCAUGAAGACGACUGCACUCUUAUUUCUGAAACUCCAGUGCUGAGAAGAGGGACAUGCUCAGAACAAGUGAGGAGAUCAAGUUUAGAAGAAAACUUUGUUACACCAGAAAAGCAGAACCGUGAAGAUGAUUGCAUUAUUUCUGAAGCUCCAGUGCUGAGAAGUGGGACAUGCUCUGAACUAGACAGGAGAACAAGUUUAGAAGCCGACUUCGCAUCACCAAAUAAGCAGAAGCAUGAUGACAAUUGCACUCUUAUUUCCGAAACCCCAGUGUUGAGAAGAGGGACAAACUCAGAACAGGUGAGGGGAACGAGUUUAGAAGCAAAUUCAGCACCUGCAUUAAGCUCAAGCACGUACAAUAUUUCUGAGUUCAAUUUACCUCUCGAAACAAACUCUUUAAAACAGCAUCUCCCACAAUCUUUUGGAUCUGUGAGGACGGAUGUUUCACCACAGCAUUCUAAACAACCUAAUAUUGUGACCCUUGGGGCGGAGGUAUCAGGUCCAUGUGAUGUUCACACUACAGAAUCUGAUGUGGAUGAACAUCAUGGUCGAUGCUUUUCAGCUUCUGGUGCUCCCAACAAAUAUUCAGAAUCACGACAUCAGAAUGCAUCGGCUGAUAGUCCUUUGCCUGAUGCUCAGGAUUAUGAUGAUGGUGCUGUAGUAUGUUAUGCACCUGUACAAUAUCCCACUAUUCAAUUUACGGUUGCCGAGCUUAGGAGAAGAAGAAAGAAUGGUUAUAUGGUAUCCCAUACAAAUAAACCAUAUUGUCUUGAGAAAGCAACAAGGUGCUAUAAAGCUGCAACACUGGAUAUUAAUGUACCCUUAGCUGAUGAGGCAAAAUCAAAUUCAUUAGCUGCAGCCACCAAUGAGUUGGACAGGCUUUUCAGUAAAGAUGAUUUUGGAGAAAUGGAGGUUGUUGGGCAAUUUAAUCUUGGUUUUAUCAUUGGAAAGCUCGACCAGGAUCUGUUUAUUGUAGAUCAGCAUGCUGCUGAUGAGAAGUACAACUUUGAGUGCCUUUCACAGUCAACAACUUUAAAUGUACAGCCUCUUCUCCAGCCACUGAGACUUGAUCUAUCACCAGAGGAAGAAGUAAUUGUUUCUAUGAACAUGAGCACCAUCAGAAAAAAUGGUUUUGUUCUGGCAGAAGAUUUUCAUGCUUCCCCUGGUAACCAUUAUCUUUUGAAAGCUGUGCCUUUCAGCAAAAAUAUUACGUUUGGUGUUCAAGAUGUAAAGGAGCUGAUCUCCAUGCUUGCUGAUAGUCAAGGAGACUGUUCAAUAAUAAGUAGCUACAAGCUGGAUACAACCGAUUCUGUUUGCCCUUCGAGGGUUCGUGCUAUGUUGGCUUCUAGGGCUUGCCGGAUGUCUACUAUGAUAGGUGAUCCACUAACAAAAGUCGAGAUGAAGAAGAGUUCAGAAAAACUCCUAUACUUCCAAACUUUGACUUGCCUCGCCGCUCCCCAACCCCCAUCCCUUCCCUCGCCUCCUCCCCCUCCCCGCCGCUCCUCUAGCCAUGGUUAUCGCCACCCUGAGUCACGCAACAGUGAGGACAAGGCUUCAGCACCUGCGAACGAGAAGAGGGGCAAGUUUGGCCAUGUUUAUCUGGCCAGAGAAAAGAGUAGUCUUAUUGUGGCUUUGAAAGUUCUUUUCAAGAGCCAGCUCAAACAUUCUCAGGUGGAGCAUCAUCUGCGACACGAAGUGGAGAUUCAGAGUCAUCUUCAUCAUCCCAAUAUUCUUCGCCUGUAUGGGUACUUCUAUGACCAGACCUGGGUUUACCUAAUCCUGGAAUAUGCUGCCAAGGUUGAACUGUUCAACAACUCACAUUUCGUCACUGGGUAG